GCUAGCGCCCUCCAAAUAAUUUACUGGCAUUCCCUUGAAUUCUAUCGGUUGGGACCUUUUAGCUACCUAUCGGCUUUCACAAAAACCUUUAACUAAUGGAGCACGAUGGUUCUGAAGACGAUGGUUUUAUGAGCGAGGAAUUCAGAGCUGAAGAGUUCGAUGAGGUAUACCACGAUGAGGACUCCGAUCCGGACUACGCAGAAUCGGAUGAAGAUAUCGACCCUGCCCUAGGAGCGCUGGACGACUUCACUGAUGACGAGGGCCAAUCCGUUCGCUCCGACGUUGACGACGAAAACAUUUCCCUUAACGCCCUCAAUGAUGAAAUGGAUACCUUCCAUGCAGACCUGCGUGCUGCCAGCGGUUUCAAGAAGCACCGGCGCACCGGAGGCCGUCGCCAAAUCGGGGACGAGAUCUACAGCUUCGAGAUCCGUGGACUCCUCGGCCAGGCAAACUCUGCUUACGCUUUUGGUAAACUGGAUGAAGCUAUGAAACUCGUCAAGCAGAUAAUCCACAUCGAGCCCGGAGUUUACUCAGCGUGGAAGAUCCUCGGCGAGAUAUUCAAGGAGAAAGGGGACAAGCGCAAGUGCUUGCUAGCGUGGCUAACAGCGGCGCAUGCACGGCCUAAGGAUUGGGAGUUGUGGGUUAUAUGUGCUAAGAUGAGUCUUGGCCAGUACGGGACUGAUAAUAGAGCCUAUAAGGAUCAGGCGGUUUAUUGUUAUAAUCGGGCUAUUAGUGCGAAGCCUGACAAUAUUGAUGCCAUCUAUGAUCGGGCCUUGUUGCUCAAGGAGUCGGGGAGCCUAAAUAAGGCCGCUGAGGGCUUUGUGACGCUAAAUAGGUUGCUGCCGAACGAUAUGUCUGUGCUGAAGGAGCUGGCAGGGUUGUAUAUUGAGAUGGACAAAGUUCCUGAAGCGAUUGAGUAUUAUAGGCGCAGUGUGGAAUACUUCAAGGCUACUGGAAACCCGGAUAAUGCUUUUGGAUGGUCUGAGUUGAACAUAUUUGUUGAGUUGUAUUGCCUGGAGAAGCAGUGGGCCAAGGCUAUUGAUACUAUUGGGUCUGUUGGCCGGUGGUUAUGUGGGAGAGCUGUGGAGACAUAUUGGGAUAAGGUCAAUGGAGAUGAUAGAGAAUGGGAUAGUGAUGAUAGGCCCAGGAGGUGCAUGGUCAGAGAGUUUGAAGUUGACCGAUUCCAAAAGGAGUCCUAUUGUCUCCCACUGGAAUUGAGGGUUAAACUUGGUUUAUGUCGAUUGCGACUGGGGAAUAUGGAAGAAGCUAUGCAUCACUUCCAAAUCCUCCAUACCGAAGCCCAGAAUUCCCCCAGCUACAGCGAUCUGUUCCAAGAAGUCGGCGAUGCCCUUUACGGUGGAGGUCACUUUAAUGAAGCAAUCUCUUACUACUCAGUAGUAGUAGAGGGCGCCGUAUAUCUCGACCGCAAACUCUGGUUCAACAUGGCAGACUGCUACAAAGGCCUCGACAACAUUGAAGAUGCCGAAGAUUGCUAUGGCACCGUCUUAGAGGCGUAUCCAAGAGACGAUGAGGCAAUGAUGCAGCUGGCCGGAAUCUAUGAGGUUACGGGUCGAAAGGCGGACGCCCUAGACCUUGUUAAUCAGAUAAUCGGCAUGCGCCGAGAAAAGGAGAAAGCGGAGAAAGCUAUGAAAGUCGUUACGGCGACUGCUCAGCAGACAGAGGAAGCAGAAUCGUUAGCGUUCUUCCCAAAUCAACCCAUUCCCGAGAGGGUUAAGCGAAAGAGAACGGGCAUUCUCGGCGAGGCGGAGAAGAUGGAGAUGAACGCGAAGAGGACGGAGCAAACGGAGAUUCGGUAUAGGAAGUUGGAGUACUUGCGAUCGAGUAUGGAGGCUGGUGAUCCAGAAGCUGUGAAGCAAUGGCUGGAUACAGCAGGAGACCUGGUCGAUGAUUUCCGCAAUACAAGGGCAUUAUACCCUCAUGAGAGGAGAAACAAAUUUAAAGGCUUCAUGACGACUGCGCAGCGAAGAGCACUGGCUCUAGGUGAAACAAGACGAAUUGAGAAGAUGCAGGACCGUCUCAAACAGUCUUUAACUUUUGAAGAAGAAGAAAUCGAAGAACCGGAGCAUCUAUCAAAGUUCCGUGGGCUGGACUUCGACACGUGGCUCUACAUCUUUAUGCAGUACGCCAUCUGCCUCGCGAAAUAUGACAACUACCAAGACGCCUGCGAUGUAUGUAACGCCGCGAAGGACGCAAACGUAUUUUACCAUAGUAAAAAGAGAACCUUCACAAUCUAUAUAACUUGGCUAGCCUGCGCAAUCCACGUCGGCGACAGCGACUCCUGCUCCACCCUCUCCCGCUGGUUUAUGACCACCUUCCAAUUCACAACAGAAGCUUAUAACCUCUUCACGGCGAGCAUAACAGCGAGCAAAAAUGGGCUAGAAGUCUUCCACAACAACGCCAACCAGAAGUACCUCCUGCGGCAGAUCAAAGCAAUGGAUCAAGUGCUAACCGGGGAACGCAAGACCGGGGCGGCAAACCUCACCGGUGAAUGCCCUUCUGGUGGCGCCUCGGGCGAGAAGUACGUGCCGAAGGAAGCUGAUGUCGGCCUCAUCAUGCUGUAUGCGCACAUCUUGGCGAGCGGGAAGAGUUACCUCUCCGCUCUGAACUAUUAUACUAGAGCAUACGCGCUCGUUCCCGGGGAUGCGCUUAUCACAUUUUGCAUCGGUCUGGCGUAUCUACAUAGGAGCAUGCAGCGGCAGAGCGAGAAUAGACAUAUUAUGGUGUUGCAGGGGGUUAGUUUUAUCUUCGAUUAUUAUGACAUCCGGUGUGGAAGGCCCGGAGACCAAGAGGAAGCAGAGAGGGAUGUGAGGCCGGAACAGAGACAGGAGGCAGAGUAUAAUGUUGGGAGGGCUUUUCAUCAUAUUGGCCUUUCGCAUCUGGCCAUACCCUACUAUGAACGUGUGCUUCAGAUCUCGGAGGAGAACACGGUUGAUGGGGACUUGAAGUGGGAGGCUGCGUAUAAUUUGCAGAUGAUUUAUAUGACGAGUGGGAAUACGAAGCUUGCUGCAGAGGUUACGGAGAGGUAUCUGGUGAUUUAGGGGUGGUUGCGAUGGUGUUGCUUGUAGGUAUAAUUACUUUACUUGUGGCAUGCGAUGCGGUGGGAUCUGUAACUUGGCUUAUCAUAGUUCGGUAAUUUUUUCCCUUGUCGAAUUCUCAAAUAUAGGUCGCUGGAGCUAGUGUGAGUUUGACGGGUUGAAAUUGUAUUUUUACACUGUAUUGUUUAUAGCAUGGCGUUGUGUUA